AUGAAGCUGCAUUACGCUCUCUCUAUUCUGCCCUGUUUCGGCAGCGGCAUCCUUGGGUUCCCCGCAUACGCAGCUGAUGCUCUCAGAGAGGAGCUCUCAUCCAAGCUCUCCGGACACAUCGCCAGCGCCUUUCACGAGGUACAUGAGAAGAGGCUUCUAUUCGACCCAUUGACAACACCUAUCGAUGUAACCGGCGACCACAAGUUCAUCGCACCCGACUUCAAGAACGGCGCCCAGCGUGGUCCCUGCCCGGGGCUCAACGCUCUGGCGAACCAUGGCUACAUCAGCCGCAAGGGUGUGACGAGCUUAGUCGAGGUCACGGCCGCUAUCAACACUGUGUUUGGCAUGGGAUUGGAACUUUCAACGAUUUUAGGAGUGAUGGGAACUGUUUUUGUCGGAAACCCUCUGUCUCUUAACCCAGGUUUCUCCAUUGGAGAUGCUGCCAGCGGAUCCAACAACAUCUUGGGCAAUCUGAUCGGUCUCCUUGGUACGCCUCGCGGACUGAAUGGCUCCCAUAACAUCAUCGAGGGUGAUUCGUCCAACACCAGAGCCGACUUGUACAUGACGGGAGACGCUUCCACCAUGGUCAUGGAGCAGUUCCAGUCCUUCUACGACAUGUCGUCAGGCGAGGGCGAUUACAACUUUGAGUUAUUCGCUGACAGGGCCUCUAUUCGCUUCAACGAGACUAUUGCAACCAACCCGAACUUUUACUAUGGUCCUUUUACCGGCAUGAUUGCUCGAAACGCGGGCUUUUUGUUUGCUUGCCGCUUGUUUGCGAACCACUCCGCGGAGAAUCCAACUGGCCUCUUAAACAAGGCAACUCUGAAGAGCUUCUUCGCCGUAGAGGGCGAAGAGGGCAAUCUCACGUACAACAGAGGCUGGGAACGUAUUCCAGAGAACUGGUACCGUACGCCAGUGGACUACGGCUUGGUCCAGCUGAAUUUGGAUCUUCUUGCCUGGAUUGCCAAGUACCCUGAGUUGGGAAGUAUCGGCGGAAACAUGGGAAAGGUCAACAGCUUUGCGGGAGUCAAUCUCGCCGACCUUACCGGUGGUGUCCUGAACCUCACCAAGCUGUUGGAAGGCAACAAUCUGCUGUGCUUUGUCUUUGAGAUUCUCAAGACCGCCUCACCAAACUCGCUGUCUACAAUCUUUACCAUCAUUGAGGCGCCUCUCAAGCUUGUCACCGACACUGUUGGCGCUGCCAUCCUCAACUUGGCCUGCCCGGCCUUCAAGGAUAUGACUGUAGGCGGAAAGAGUCUUGAUGAAGGCCUCAAGGAACAAUACCCCGGCGCGAAGAUGGCUGACAACAUCCUUUGA